UUUGACUAGGGCAGAGCUGCUGCGUUCCAUUGAAGAACUGAGGAGGUAUCAACCACGCGCAGUGCCUUUGCAGCAAUCCAGUCCACACAGAACGGGAGUGAUAUCUGUUAGUUGUUGAAAUACGCAGACAUUUCCUCCUGCUGACUGCAAGCCACCGACCACGGUACAGUCUUCCCCGGCCUCCCAGUAGGAUCUAUUCUUUCCCGUUGGAGACCAACUCCACCCCAUACAGCCAGUAGCCAUGGCUGAAGACUUGGACAUGCGCAAUGAGCUGUCGGAUAUGCAGCAACGCGCCGACCAGCUUGGAGAUGAGUCACUGGAGAGCACUCGUCGUAUGCUACAGCUGGUGGAAGAGAGUAAAGAUGCUGGUAUCAGGACCUUGGUUAUGCUGGAUGAGCAAGGAGAACAACUGGAUCGUGUUGAAGAUGGCAUGAACCAUAUUAACCAAGACAUGAAGGAGGCCGAGAAAAGUUUAAAAGAUUUAGGGAAAUGCUGUGGCCUUUUCAUAUGUCCCUGUAACAAGAUGAAGAGUGGAGGCAGCAAGGCUUGGGGGAACAACCAGGAUGGAGUGGUGGCCAGCCAGCCUGCCCGCGUGGUGGACGAACGCGAACAGAUGGCCAUCAGUGGAGGAUUCAUCCGCAGGGUAACAGAUGAUGCCAGGGAAAAUGAGAUGGAUGAGAACCUGGAGCAGGUGGGAGGCAUCAUCGGUAACCUGCGCCACAUGGCCCUGGAUAUGGGCAACGAGAUCGACACCCAGAAUCGCCAGAUCGACAGGAUCAUGGAGAAGGCUGAUUCCAACAAGACCAGGAUUGAUGAAGCCAACCAGCGGGCCACAAAGAUGCUGGGCAGUGGCUAAGCUCCCGGAGCACGUUGCUUCUCCCGCAAGCGCAGUUUGUCACAAGGCGCAAACAUGCUUUUAUCAUGGUAUUUACCUUCUAGGUUUGCACACAUGCACAUAUCACCUCCCCCCAUUGUAAAUGUUGUUAUGUGUAUUGUCUGUCUCGCUUUUUCAAUGAUUGUCCUCGUAAACAAAAGUAUUUCUUAUACUCCGUGUCAUUCUUUCCAAAGGUUGUAUAUAGUGCUGACUCGAUGGCUCUAGCUCACUUGUGAAGUUUUUAUUCUCUUUAUCAAAUAUAUAUAUAUAUAUAUAUAUAUAUAUAUAUGAUGUAUAUAUUAUAUAUAUAUCAUAUAUAUGUAUAAAGGUACACUGCUGGAUGACAAGUAUAAUAGGAAUGCUAUACAAGCUGUUUUUCCUUUUCAGUAUAUCAGUAUUGUCUUAGUAAAACUGUGUCAUUCCAUCAGCUGCUGUCAUGCUCCUUAUUUUGAUGUUGUCAUGACGAAUGAAGAAGAGGAAAAAAAUAAGAUGAUAACAAACGAUAGUAAAUUCAAAAAGCACUUACGUACAAUCACUGUCUUUGGUUCCUUUCCCUCACUGCAAUUAUCAUGAGUUACUGUUUAGACAAUGUGCAACUAGAUUUGCUGUAAUAGACAUUGCAUUCCAAGUGAUGUGAAUUGUGCGUUCUGCAUGACAAAUGGUAGAUUUUAGAGUCAUAUACAUAAAACCUGUCUUAAAAAUAUAUAAAAACAAUAACAUGGCAGUAGCAGAGUUGCCAAAAGCAUGCUCAGUAUUAGGACACAGUUCAACGUUCCAUACUCUCCUGCAAGUUUGCAAUAGUGCCACUAUUCCUGUCAAAAUAUAUUUACAGACUGUGACCAUCGUUGUAAAAUAAUGCAAAAUGAUCUUAACGUGAAGAGAUGAUGAUGGAAGAAUGAGGAUAUGGCUGUAACCGCAAAAAAUGAUGUGUUUUUUUCUAAAUGAAUAUGCAGUUCAGUGAAGAUAUGGAAUACGUGCUGAAGGGUGAGGUACUGGUUGUGUGUUGUAUCAUAGAUUUUGGAUGCUCUGAAAAAAUGAACAAAUUACACAUUGUUUGCAAUGUAAAGCAAAGACGCGUAUUUCUGAGAGACCUUACUUUUAUAAGAAGACUGUAUCCUGUUAGUUUAAUCUCCCCGUGUGGUUUGUUAUUGGUAAAAUAAUAAUGAUAACUUAAUAAAAUGAAUAUCAUAAUAAUAAUAUUGUUUUGAAACAAAAAAUGACAUACAAAAGUUUUGUUUGCUUCUGUACUUUUAGAGCUAUGCACACCAAAUCACCAAGAUGUUGAGUAGUUAGAAUAAUAUGAUGAAGAAACACCUUCUCUGAAUGACACAAUAGAUUCAACUGUGAGAUUGAUGUCCUCAAAACGCAUGUGAUAUUCAAACUCCCUCUGUAUCCUGUCCGUUUGUGAAGUCGUGGAACAUUUUGUAGCUAGCUGAAUUGAUUAAAAGUAAUAAACCCUAUUCUCUGUG